AAAGAUGCAAAGCCCUCACUGUCACGGCCAUCUCGUCUCUGGACGAGUAUAAGUCAGACGCUGCGUCGUCAAUGUUCGACAAAAUUUCCACCCUGUCCGAAGAGCUGACGAAUGCGUUCUCGGCGUGGUUGCUGCAAACCGCCGACCUGGACGAUCCAAAAACUGUAGCCGCAAAAACAACUUUUAACGAAGUAGCAAAGGCUACAGACGAUGUCCUCGUCAAACUUAGAGCAAUCGCCCCUGUUCCAACGUCAAUCCCUAAACAGGAGAAAAAGCAUGAUUCCCGUCUCCGUAGGAUCGAUUUCCGUCCCCUCGAUAAGGGAGCUGCCAAAAAUUGGUUUGAGGAUUUAGAAAUUGUAUUCAAUGCAAUGGGUGUUGACGACGAGAACUUACGUUACGCUGCUCUGAUCCGAUUAGUCGAUAGCCAGGUCAGCACUCUUCUCAGCUCUAUUUCCAGAGAACAACCGGAAAAUUGUUACACGAGGGCAAGGAAAUUAAUCAUCGCAGAAUUUUCUCUUUCCAAAUUCGACAGAGCUAAAAUGUACCUGCUGGACUCGGCUCCAGGACCGGAUGAGAAUUUGUCGCAUUUCGCGGCGAGAAUCGAAGUCCUUUUCGAAGAUUUGUCACUCGACGAUGUAAGGAAGUUCACGGUUUUGCGGCAUGCUCCACCAGCA